AUGGCUUUCCCGUUCAUGCGAGCAUUCAUCGCCUUAUUGUUAUGGUUAACCUGGUUUCCUUCUGGUCUUUCACGCCGAUCCCGCCCCCGGAAAAACCCCAAAUUGACCUCUCAAGAUGUGACGGUCAUUAUUCCUACGCUGGAAGGUUGUGGUGAUGAACUGGUUGAGACAAUUCGCUCGAUCCUCGAAAACCAACCAUUUGAGAUCCUUUUGGUCACAAUUGAAGCCAAUCGGAAGAAGGCCGAGCGAAUGUUGGAUGUGAUGCCGGCUUCCAAAUCACGUAUUCGUUUAUUUACCGUCACGCACCCGAAUAAGCGCCGCCAAAUGACCAGAGCGAUUCCAGAGGUCCGGACACCGAUCACCUUGCUUGCCGACGACGAUGUGAGCUGGCCCUCGACAGUGCUCCCAUGGAUUCUGGCUCCGUUUGAGAAGGACGAGCGGUAUGGAGGAGUGGUGACUUGCCAGCGAUUACGUCGUGCCGUUGCGCCAACCCUCUCACAGCGCAUCUGGGGCUUCCUCGGCGCCUUGUAUCUCGAGCGUCGCAACUUCGACUGCGGGGCUACGACCAAUCUGGACGGUGGACUACCAUGCAUGUCAGGCCGCACGGUAGCCUAUCGAACCAAGAUUCUCCAGGACGAGGGAUUCACCUAUGCGUUCACCAACGAGGAAUGGUGGUUCGGCCGAUAUCAGCUCAAUGCGGACGAUGACAACUUCAUUACCCGUUGGAUGGUCUCGCAUGGCUGGGAGACUUUCAUGCAAUACCACCCGGAGGCCGAGGUGCUCACCACACUGGAAGAUAACCCCCGAUUCUUAAAGCAAUGCGCGCGCUGGUCGAGAAGCAAUUGGCGGAGCAAUUUGACGAGCAUGUGCGACGAGAAGCACAUCUGGUAG